AUGAACAAUCUGGCGGGUAGUAAAAUAUCUGAUAAACUGAAGCUCCUGAGUCACCUUGGAUCGGGCUCGUACGGCUCCGUCUACUUGGCAGUCACCGACAAAGGAACGCAUGUUGCUGCAAAACUUGUGAGAUUGAACCGAAACGGAAACAAGGAUCAGACGGCAGAAAAAGAGCUUCAAUUUCUGGAGAGCAUGUCUGGAGUUCAAGGAAUUCCCACACUGCACGGGCACGGUUUCUGGAAUUCGUUCAGAUUUUUUAGUCAGUUUUCCCUUUCGAUUCGAAACUUAUGAAAAGCUUUCAGCAAUGACACGCGGUACGGUGAAUCUGAAUCAGCUGAUGACGAUCGAUAAGAUAGAACCUGCUCUCCACCGCUUCUCUGUCGUCAGAAUUGCUUUCGAGCUUAUUGGUGUCAUCCAAGCAGUUCAUCGUCGCGGAUGGCUCCAUCGAGACUUGAAGGCGGAAAAUGUGAUGGUUACGUCUGAUAACGUAAGAAUCAAUUUUUCUGAAUAAUGCCUUUCUCGAACAAAAAAACGUCUCCAAACUUUAUACAAACAAUUAUUUCAGUACUACCUUCUUUUUACUUUCCAGAACUCGCGUCUCCACAUCAUGCUCGUAGAUUUCGGACUUGCGGAACGCUUUCGCAAUUCUAAUGGCGAGCGCCUGCCAUUCGUGGCACCGGAGAACCAAUUCCACGCGGUGAUCUAUUGCAGUGUGAACAAUCACCUGAAAAAACCGUCUACGGAGCACGAUGACCUCGUGAUGUUCACCUAUCUGCUGGCAUUUAUUUGCAGAGAAACCUCGUUCUUCUACGGAACAGAGAAGGAUCGCCUCAAAGCCAAACGAAAGCUGGUCAGUUUGUCGUUUGAAUUACUGAAAUUCUCUUUUUGUCAGACGUGCCGCGGACCGGAAUACGGUUUCCGGUUUGUAUUAGCUAACUUCAAUAAGAAAUAGCAGUUUUCCGAGUGAAAAAUCUUCUAAAAAGUCAAUAAUUCUUCCUUACCUUUAUUCUAACUUUAAAUCCGCGCAAGACCGGGCCGAUUUACGACAACUCUGAUUUUUCUACUUCAGAAUAAGAGCAUUUGAAUUUCCAUUUCAAUGUAUUGUUUCAGGCAAGAGCUCCAGCGAAGAUUUUGAGAGCUGAGAACAGUUUUCUGUUUCCAAUCAUCACUGCGAUCAACAGGAUGAGAUAUGGAGAAGAGCCGGACUACGGCAAAAUUCAGCUGAAGAUCAAGAAUUGUGUUCAGGGCUUCAAUCCGGAAGCAGCUUUUUUCCAUGUGAACAGAGAGCAGAAGAUUCGGCUUUCCUAUGAGAAUAAUGAUUUCCUGUAAUGUGUUGCUUUUAUCUGUCUCUCGAUUCAGUUCUCCUUGUUCAAAAAUCGGUGCCAAUCAUCAUAACAGUAUCUGCAGAAGUCCCAGUUUAUCAUAUCAACCACAGGGUCAUGCAUUUUUCGUCUCUAUCUUCUUCUUUUCUCUUGUUGUUCUCUCUUCCAACCCCACUUCCCUUUCUUAACCCAACUGAAUUCCGACCCUUCUCUGAUGAUUUAUCAUCUCAUUCAUGUUCUAACCCUCCAUUUUCUUCAUCUUCUUCUUCUUCUUUUGCGUCUUCUACGUAAACGAAGCGAUAUGGAAAAAGUCGGCCGUAGUUUAUUCUCUUUUUCAUUCCUUUUUUCUUCUCUUCAUCAUAUCCAACAAUUUUCGUUCACAUCUCCCUUCCUCCCCUAUAAUUUUCUUCUCCAUUACCUGACGCUUGUCAAUUUCUCUCCAGCUUUUUUGUGCAUGAACCCAUUUAUCUCGUGCUGCCAGCUUUCUUCGUCUUCUCUCCAAAAUCUGUUAUUUUCAAGAGAAGAGUGAUGUGAGUGGGCUCUUGACGGUGACUGAUUUUAGCGUAAUUUAUACCUCCCGAGCGCUUCUUUGACAAAUUGGCCUGUCAGUUGUGCCUUCCAUUUUACCAAUCAACUGGCGUCAUCCAUAUUUGGCUGGAGAUAAAUCGAGGCUGCUGAAAUUUGGAGCACGAGCACUACCGUAAGACGUCCAAUAGGCGCACAGCACAAUUUGUUUCGAACUCUGAAAAAUAUCUGUACCGCUGAAAAUUGAACGGUUUUUGAACUUUCAGAAAUUCCAAAGCAAAAAAUUUGGCAAAUUAGUACAAUAUUGAAGCAUUAACCCCUCUAGGUUCAAUACAAAACUGAGAGCAGUAUCUUCUAAAAAUGUGGCAAGUCCCAUUUCCAAUUUUCUAAUUUCCAGUUUCCUAAUUAUUCAGUUGCAAAAGUGUCCGAAACUUGCGAUAGUCCGUGGUUCCGUUCUAGUUUUUUAAAAAGUCAUGCAUAAAUGACACUUUUGUAAGAGACUUGUGGGUGGCUAGAAAACUUUUCCCGUUACUUUUCAAAGAAGACGUUUCCGAAAAUUGGCAAAGAAGUUCCGAAAAGUUUGGUGCAUCCAUUCUAAACGGCCCUCAAUUCCCAAAGGUCCACUGUCCCCACGUAAUCUUUGGUGCUAGGCCUUCAUUUUCUAUCGAGAGAAAAUGGAACAAUAUCUGUUUGUUCUGAAGUUCAAUUCUAUCAAAUUUGGAAAUAACGUAAUUGGGGAAAAAGGAGAGAAGGGGAAAAGUGGUAAACUGACUUCAAGAACGCACAACUUCCGAUCGGUAAUAGGUUUGCGUUGUAAUUGAAAAGAUGGCAACGAACACGAGACGCCCAACCCUUUUUUUCCUCUUCGGUUGCGUGAUCAGAAACAAAGACUCCCUCUUUUUCUCGCUCUUCCCGAAGUGGUAAUUCUUAUAUCAUCCAAACCCCUUUUCCAACUAAUUUCGCCGUUGUGUGAGAGUGAAUUUUGCUCGCGAAUGCUGUGCCGUAUUCCGGAAAAAAAGAGUGAAGAUUGGAGCAUUCAUCGCAGCUGAUAACGUCUGCUUAACCCUUUUCGAAUAGGAAUGAAUGUGCAUUUGAUUGGCAGGUGAACAAAAAACUGCUCUUAAAGGAGAGAAAAGUGGAGAAGAAAACGCGAGAAAGUAAGAGAGCGCGAGAGAAAGCGUGUGCGUGUGUAGUGAUGUGAUGCGUUGGAAAUUCGCGUUAUCAGUCGGUUGGCUUAUUUUGCUCUUCUUUCACAACACCCCACUCGCAUGAUUUGUGCACAACAUUUUCAUUUGUGAGUUCUGAAGUGACUAUCGGCGGGGCUUUUCCCCGAAAAAAAUUACUUUUACCGUACGCUUUUCUAGUCGUCGCUUAGUGGUGGUACCCGGAACUUUAAGGAACUAAAACACCGAAAAAUUUGCUAAGGUCCGAGAUAACUCGUGAUAAACUCCGGGUUUAUAAAAAACAUGACGUAAGCAUUCUGAGAAACUAAAGAAAACUGACCUUGGCGAGACCUAGGCACUGAAAAGUGCGGUCAAUGUCAGAUUUUCGCUACGAAAACCGCCAGUCCCCUAAGUGACCCUUUCUCUCUAAUGCUGUUUCUCAGCUCUUGAGAAACUACGAUUCCACACGCUGCCUUCUUAUUUUCCAGAAGCAUUACAGAAUUCGUAAUGUCCAUUCUUCCACUUUAGUCGGUCAUUACAAAAUGAGCAAAAAAGUCGUGUCCUUUUUUUCUUUUCCAUCGAAAUCCGUAAGUGCUCAACUGCUCACAGCUGGCCGUCGGUCCCCUGCAAACGUAUCGUUUGUGCGGCAAAAAGAGAAGAGAAAGUUAUACUAAUUUCCGUUUCUGCUCAGUGGUGCGCGCGAAUUGGUGACAGGCUCGACUGGUUCGGCAAUCUGUAUCAGUCACAUAAAUAACAGGUGCAUCCUCUGAGACCACGAGGAAGAGGCUCGUCACUUCCCUGUGAACCAGAGCACUCACGGCCUGUCCCUCUUCCUUCAAAUCGUACAAAAAACUCUAUUGUUUCGUUCCCUUCCGUUGUGGUUCCGAAAGAUUUUGCCGCAAUAAAGUGAGAAUGUGAAACAAUCAGAAAACAUCUUCUGUUUAGAAUAGAGAGGAUGAAUCAUUCGUCUCUGAUUCAUCCAUAUUCGUCAUUUUUUGUUUUGAUAAAGUUUUCGGGCGGCUACUAGUAAGCUUGUAGCCGUAAAGUUGUAGCCAGCUGAAAGCUGAGAAAAGGUGGCUCGUAAACUGAUGAACUAAUUGGGUUCACCGAGUGCACUCAGUCGACAGAGCCGUUGAAACCUGCUGUUGCGAGCCUAGAAUAGAUAAAUGACGCACUAACCAAGCUGAUAUUAGUCAACAUUCUCCGGUCCAGUGGGUCCAUCCUAAUUUUUGUGCUAUAUAUAUGUAUAUAUAUAUAUAUAUAUAUAUUCUUCACGAAAAUUCUUUUAUUUUUGUAGCUGAUCUCUGAUUGAGCUCUCAUUCAGGUCACAACACAAAAGUUACCAAAAAGCCGUCGCGUGAUGCAUCCCAAACAGUCUAUCCCAUGCAUUUCCAUAUUUGCAUUUGAAAUGCAAGUGUUCUGUUUGGCACAUCAAAGAUCACAACAAAAUCUGGCUAUUGGAAGAGAGGAUUCCUCUCAGAUUACGGUAGCAGUCACCCAACGAUGUGUCCUCCGCGGCCAAGAAGAAGAAAGGAGGCAAAGAAGGAAAGGGCCUCUUGUGUGGGCUGCUCGUUAUUUUUAUUUGCGCCAAUUCAGUUUUAGUGUCUGUUCCAGAGCACCUUUCUCGACUAUAAAAUCUGCCAAUUCUUCGAUUCGUACAAAAAUGUUUCCUGCUCCCACCCAAGACUGGCUGUGCUAGCCUAGGCCUUGGCCGUUGCUGUGGCCUAGUUUUUUCUCGAACUCCGCUCGAUGGCCAAUUUUCUCUAAAAAUCUUAAACACCGCAAAAGAAAAAUUUGCAACGGGCCGGGCAGGGCCAAAACUCGAAAAAAUCCUCCAACUCGGCUCGACGCUUGGCUCAAAAAUUUUUGUAAAUUUUAGGAAAAGUUACGAAAAACGAAAAAAAUUUGUUCAUGAUGUAAUUGGCCGGCUUGUUAAACGGAUGAAGCUCGUAAAGUAUCGGAGCAUUGUAUGGAAAUCAGAGCGGGCGAGCCGAUUACGGUAACUUUAAUCGCUUCUCCAUUGGCAUCAUCGGGCAAAUUUCACAGACAUCUUUGCUCUUUCCCCUUUUUUCUUUUCUUUCCCGUCCAUUUCCAUAUCAAUAUAGUGAUAAGAAAACAUCUGCGCGUCACUUGACGUCGUGUUAUUUCACUCUCCUCCGAAAAGAUGUUGUGCAUUUUCUGAAAAGAAUAUGGUAUUGCCUCUCUCACUUUUCCGUGCUAUUUUGAACAAAAAACUGUGACUAUAGAUAAACUUGUGACUUUCGCACGCCCAACUAUUGAAAGCGCCGAGGUUUUAUAUCAUCGUGUGUCGUCGCCAGAAACAAACGAAAACGCGCUCGUUUCUUUUUCAUUCCCAUUUUUCGUCUUGUUGGAACCGGCGGUUUCGGAGGAUUACGGUAGGCUACAUAUUCCCAUCGGAAUUAUUCGCGUUGUCAGUCCAUCCGUGUGUUUCCCAUAAGUGGGAGGUAUAAAAACAGUAGAGGCCGCGUGCAUUUUGACAGAAAACGGGGGGGGAGGGGGCGGCUAAAUUGUUCCCAAUUUUCCGGCUUACUGUAGUCAUUCGAUUUCGCAAUUGUGUUGUGCAACCGCAUUUUUGGCACGUUAAGGGCGAGCCUAAUUUAUGCACAUUUUGACAAGAAGCAAGCGCGCCUAUUUCACCCGCACCCGUCUUUCUCGCCUUUUUUUCGUAGCAGUACUACUAAUAAAUGACUCACCCACGUCACACACACGCGCGCACACAGAAGCUUCUCCUUCGCCUUCCCUUCUGCCUUCGCUCGCUGAGUAUCCCUCCCUUUCUCGUCGCCUCGUCCGUCGCCCCGCAGGCCGCGAAAAAUGGCAAAUUUCGCGGCGAAGAAGACGUCGACGUUGUGUUGUUUUUGCUCCAGAGAAGAAGGAGAGCGCCCUCCCCUUCCACGGCUCGAGGAGAAGGGGGCCGCGUGGUGCCUUCUUUCUCUUUUCAGUGCUCUUUCGCGGCUCGGCGCGCCUCACGCGCGUUGUCUCGGCCCUCUCCACAUCUCCAUUUUCGUGCUGCUCGGCUCCCCUGCUCUCAGUUCUCAGAUUCGUCCGCCGUCCUUCGUGCCUCAUGCUAUUUUCUUUUCCACACCCUUCGAUUUUCAGCUAACCGUCGUGCGUUAUCAUCUCGAAGCUUGGAAACCGCCAACUGAUCUGAUCGGAUCUGUAGAUCAAAUUAAUUUGAAGCAAAAAGCGAACAAAACAGUCGCGAAAAUCAGCGAGUGAAGGGUGCUGCUCAGUAAGGAACGAAGGAAGAACCCCGGGACAAUCCACGUGAUCUUCCACGUGAACGGCCACAUCGAAAGGACGGAAAGCAAGGUGGGUUCUAUUCCUGUCUGUGUCUUCCUACGUCUACUUCUACAAAAAUGAAAGACCAAUUUUUUUUCUCUCUCUUUCUCUCAAUCUCUUGGUUUGUCACAUGUCACAAAAUCGCCGUUCUCGCGCCACAUCAGGUUUUCUCUCUUCAUUCUUCUCUCCUUUUCUCUCUUUGUCUGCAACGUGGCUUAGCGUGGACAUUCAAAAUUUAAAAUUCAGCAAUUUAAUUAUUGCCAAUUUGUCUUUUUUCACCCAUCAUUCACUCAACACGCAAUGUUUCUCGAUCCUAUCAUUCCAUAACCAAUUCAUUAAAAAAGGGUAUUGGUUACUGUAUCCCCAAAAUGUAGUACACGUCAUCGUUACAAUUCAGCCGGGUUGAACUCGAUUAGACGGUUUCUCUUCUGAUCCUACUAAUCCCGUUCGCUUUUAAGAGGAAUGCCUUCCGUUUGUGACUCUGACCGUCGCCAGAACACGACGGCACAGCCAGAAAAAGAGCAAGAAAAAAAACGAGCGGUCUUAUUUUUUCCAUGCGCCUUUCAUGCCCAGAGACGCCGUAGCGAAAUAGCGGUGAUUCGGACGGAGACGCCGAGUAAUUGAUGAAUGUGUGCUGCCGCCCUCGUGUGUCCGUCUUCUCUCGUUUUCGUUCUAUCUUCACAACGACAACGUCGCCGUGGCCGCCAGCCCCUGCUUUCCCUCCAAAAAUGUCGAAUGCCCUUGUGAGGCAGCGUGAGGGCUGUGGAGAGCGUCGGAGAAAAGCGAGAAAAGACGGGGAGUGAAGCCAAUUUCAGCGAGAUUCGCGCCUUCGUCUGCGUUUUUGCCUUCCCCUUCGCCUUCCCCUUCCCCUUCCCCUUCCUGUGCUGCGCCAGAGCUGCUGGAAUGAAAGAGCACGCGUACCCCUUCCCCUUUCCCUCAGAAAAGACGUGGCUUCAUUUCCUUUUUCCAUUUGCAUACGGUGUCUCAACCCUGGCCAAUUAUUCUUCUCCGGCUCAGAAGCUCCGCCUAGUUUUGUCUCUUUUCCGCUGUUUUCCAUCCUUCUUUUCAUCCACUCGUCCAAUUUUUUUCUCACAAAAAAGGAUGCGUGCCUGGGUGGUGAACAAGUUUUUUCCUGCCCGAUGACGGCAGCGAUGAACUUUACAAUACAUGCCUCCCAAAGUGUUCAGCAUCGUGGGUAGCCCUUUUUUUCGAAAUGUUGGGUUAAUUCUUGAAAUUUGCAGUGCCGUUUCGUCAUUAGAAUUUUCUGACUUUCCAGCCGCGAAAUUCCCAUCUCGACCCUUGGGAUCACUGAAAAACAAUGUUUACGUGCGAAAACUGAUACAAAAUUUUUUUGAUAAACGAUAUUUUCCCAAGGAUGACGAAAGCUGUACACUUUUUCGGUCUGGAUAUUUUCCCCUUCGUCUGUUCCUCUCGCUUCUCUCGGAUCCCACUCACUCCUAUCGGUAUAUCCUUCUUCCCUUCAUGUUUUUUGAUUGAAAACGCAAUUGUUUUUUGAUCGGUCAACCUUCUUUUGCUUCUAAAAAAUCUUCUUUCCAAACGCUGUAUAUGUAGUAGUCGUUUCUCAAUAAUUGGGCUUAGUUUUUCUUCCUAUCACGCGCUUGUCCUUUUUUACUAAUAAUGAGCUACAAUUUUCGAGACUAGGUCAUUCAAGGCGUCAAUUUCAGCUCGAAAUAAAGUUUCACAUAGUAUUGUAAGUGACAUAUCGGCUCCGGUAGAACAACAACUUGCCUCCAAGCUGCCAAGAACCGUAUUUUUUCAUAUAAUCCUAUACCACAUGCAUUAGAGACCACGCAAGUUGGCUCCGUCUCCGCGCACCUCUCAAUUUCCUCUCCCGUGCCAAAUAUCGUUGAGAUUACUGGUUGCAAAAGUUCAACUUUUUCCUUUCAAAGGGAAUAUAUAACCGGAAACGGAAGCGGUGGUGGAUGGAAAUUGCUAAAUUUCCGACCAAUCACGUUGGAUUCCAAAAUCUGAUUCACGUUUCUCAGAAAUUUCGUCUUCAUCCCUGCAGCAUUUGUUCCUCCCCCGCUUUUUCUAUUUCUUCGCUUUUUUAUCACAAGGCUCGCUUCCCCAAUUUUUUUUCGGGAAUACAAUAAAACAUACAAACAAUCGGGAAGACGAGGCGCGGCAACGGGAGGUAGCUGAUUCAUAUUUUAUUGUUUCUUCUCCAUCGUCAUUUCGAUUGUGCUUCCCUGGUUGAAACGAUCGCUACAGUACGCCUUCUUUCGCUAGCUGUUCCAAACAUUUAAUAGAUUUCCAUUUUAUUUUAUUAUCUCAAUAAAAGCGCAAUGAAUUUUGCAUAAAAGCACCAAAAACCCUCUCGAAAAAUCGCUGCGCGUUGUCCGUCCUCUCUUUUGUGUGCAAACACCACGACGCACAAUUGCGGAGCGCACCUCCUCUCUCUAGCUUUUCCACACACAUACGUUGAUUGAUUUGACUACCAAAUUCGUUUUUUUUUCUACAUUCACCGCUCGCCACGUAUACCCAGCCGGAUAUGGUCUUUGCCGGUUUACUGGUUACGACGCACGCCCCCGGUGCCUGCUUUUUUGGGUUUAAUCCUUACUCGGUUUUGUCCGUUUUACUUCUCUUUUAGGCUCACUGCGCGGAAAUCCAAAAAGACGUUUUUAUACAUAAUUUUUAGAAAGAAAAGCGAUUCUCUACCAAAAAUUGUCAAUAUACUUCUAUUUCUAUCGAAUUUCGUAUCUCUGUUUUCCGUAAUUUUUUUAUCACAAAUAGUAAAUUACAGAUUUCAGAUGGCUAAGAAGAAGAAGACCGCUAAGGAAGUGCCUGCGGAAGUGCAGGCAGUCCGAAACCGCUACAUCGUGUGGAUGUCGGGCACAAUGGAAGAAGGUGAGUUGUAACAUGCGAUUGCGAAAUACAGCCAAUUGUUCAUCAUUUCAGAAGUGCUCUCUUACAGUCGACUGAAGAUGCACCAAAGCAAGCUGAUGGUGGAGAACUCGAGAAGAUACGUGGUCAUUCACGCAAUUUUCAACCAGAGCAACAAUCUGAAACUGGAAGUGAAUGAGGAAAACGAGAGCCGUCUGUUUAUUCUCUGGGACAUUGUCAAGACGUGAGUUCAGACUAAGUUUCAAGUGUUUAUUUUUCAUUCCAGAGUUUACGCUGCGUACCUCAUCUUCCCUGAUGACAUGGAACGUCAUCCGAAUGACCCCAGAUGGAUUGAAUGCAAACUCUUUGAGUUCUUCAAGCAGAUGGAGGCCUGGAGAACUUCUGUCAGUUCUACCUACUUCCUCUAAACUGGAUGAUUUUCAAAUUUUCAGGGCCAAAUACUAAAUGAUCACAGUUAUGCAGGCGAUUGGGCCUAUCAGCACGCCACUCCGGAAGUUGCAGUGGAGAUCAUCAAGCACGCGCGGAAGUGGGCGAACAUUGGAGCAGACGUUCCAUUUCCGAAUUUCCAAACGUUGGAGAGAAUGCUGCACAACAGCACGUUGCUGGCACACGAAGGAAACUGCAGUUCAACGGAAUCGGACUGUCCCACCAAGAACAUCAUAUUCAUCGAUUCUGGCGACGGUCAAGCUGCGUGUUACAUGGCCCUUCGAGCCGUUUCCAACGUCAUCAUGUUUGAGAAAAACCGGGAAAAAAAGGAGCAAUGCGAGAAUCUAUUUGAAGGAGCUCAGAUGUGAGUCCAUAUUGCUCUUGUUGAAAGUGAAAUUCUAUUCCUAACACAUUUCAGACUUUCCAAUCAUUUUGGCAAACAUAUCGGGCAAGGACUGUUUCUCACAAAAAAAGAUCUUACUACCCAUGAAUCCAUUGUCAAGAAGCUCACUUGCCAGAACAUCUCACUAUUGUUCUCAGUCGACAAGCGUCGUAUAAUGCCAGUGGUUCGACGGUUGCGCUUUCAUUUCGUGGAUAGGGCUGUAAUUUGGACACGUCGCAAGAAGCUUGUUCAUAUUGGGCGUCCGAAGAGUGUGGCAUUCUUUUUUCUCGGAGACCAAUGUUUUAUUUUUUAGAACGAUUGCUAAGAAGCGCUCAAAUCAAGACGAUAACCGGUAAAAUUGCUCGUAGACAACGGCAGAUUCUGCUUUCAAAGUAUAUUCUCCGUAAAAACGCUACAAAGAAGAGGAUUCUUGGAUUCGUUACAAAGACGAGAAGACUCAUCUGGAGAUUCAAGAAGGUCCGUCCUGUUGCUCUCUGACUAAAUGUACUAAAAUUAGUUGUUUGUAGGACAGCACAGACGUCGUCAAGAUUCCGAGAUACAUCAAGGAAAUGGCGAUGGAGAUGAGCAUGAGAAGACGCACAAUAAGAAAACAGAUGAAAAUGGAACUACCGGCCGGGUGGAUGAGAAAACCGCGGCGACAUUCCAGAAUAGCUGAUGCGGCAGCGGUUCAAGGUGAUUUUUUCGUUUCUGUGGGUGGAUCUGACUGUGCCAGAUUAAUUUUUUCGCAAAUAAAUUUUCAUUUUUCAGAACUUGCUUCAACGUCAAUGUUGCCUCUCAAAGUCGACAUUGUGGAUGGACAGAGGACGACGACCAUCAACAACAUGCACUACAACAUCCACCGAAGCUCACAGAUUGAUAAGAUCAUGGAGGCGAGCCCAAGUGCGUCCAACGAUGUUAUCCAGGAAACCGAGACAACCGAUGUUCAACCUUCGUGUUCUGGAAGUGCUGAUGAAGUGGUUGAGAAUAUUCAAGAGCAGGCAUCACUUGCCUCAACUCAGACUUCAACUGAGCGAAUCAAGACCCCUGUUAAAACGACGAAAACUACACAGGAGCCGAGCAGUGUGUCGACUAUUUCUGAGCAGGGUUGUCAGACCGGCAUGGUCCCCAAUCACUCGCCUCUCUCCGCAACAUUUGACAGAUCCUCGACGGAGCCAUCCCCAUCCAGCACCGCCAUUCCGACUCCAUCCACUUCCCCAAAUCAUUUGGAUGCCAAUCGGGAGUGGAAGAGCAAAGUGAAUACAGCUGACAGUCAAACCAAGAGUAAUGGACUACUUGCAAUUGAAUCUCCAAAAGUGCCUGUUCCGGUGAAAGUGAAGAAAUCAAUUCUCAUUUCUCCACCGCCCGUGAGGGUCCACGUUGAAAGAAUGGAAAUUGAUGACGCUCCCCGCUCUAAUCUGACUGAUGGCAAGAAGCCGGUCGUGUUUGAUGAUAAUGAGGUGAUAGAAAAACAUAUUAUUUUUAAAUAAUUUUUUUCUUAAUUUGCAGCUAGGGCCGGAUUACCCUGACCACUUGCAAGCUCCAUCAAGCCGCCAAGUCAAAUCAUCUGCUUCUGGUUCUAACCUUCAAGAAUCCCAUGAAAACGGUGUCGGAAAUGUCACUGCAACCAGCACUUCCGCACCAGAAUCAAUGUUCACAUCUUCUAGAAGUAGAUACACUCCGAAGACUAAUACCGGAUUGAACAUUCUGGAGUCCAGUUCAAAUGGACAAACCGGCCGCCCUGAUCCUUACAACUUCUCGGAUGAACACAAUUCAGUGCCGAAAAGAUGCAAGCAUAUUGAUGCUGUUUCAUCCGACAUCGCUGGACCUUCGACAUCUUCUGCAUCCGUUGGUUAUCAACCGCUGCAAGAUCCCUGCGUGCCUGCUGAUACAAGACUUGGAGACUAUGUCAGAGCUCGACAUGCUUCUUCUGGUUCUAGGAAAAACCAGAAAAGAAAAAUUCCCUGGCAGCCAGAGCCAAACAUCUUGGGCUUUGCCGGCCCGUCUCAACAACAAGUUCCUCGCCCUCCACUUCCAAGUGGUUCUCAGAAUCCUACAUCGUCGCGUGGUGUGCCGUUGCCACGAGAAGCUAGUUUUGUUCCCACACCGAGUGCCGGUGUCCGCUACCCUUCGGCAAGAAGAACGUUCAACUUUAACUUAUCGGACUUUCCUUCUCGAGGUCUCGACCUUACACCCCUUCGAGAGCCGCAUGAACACGAGAAGAACAUGCUCGUCUCAGAAUACGUCUUAUUAGAAGUAAACAAGCAGCGAAAUACCGUGCGGGACAAUCAAUCGAGAUACAUACAGGAACACGGAAUUGUUCGCCCAGCUUCUCCUGUUCUAGUUGUGAGAGCGCAGGCAGCAGCAGGCAGGAGUCAAUCUGCAAGCAGGAAUGUCAGGAGACCACAUGGCCAGUCUACAAGCGCCAAUGUCAGGAGACCGCGCACUCAGUCUACAAACACCAAUGUCAGAAGAUCACCCGGUCCGUCUACAAUCAGCGAUGUCAGCAUAGCACCCGGUUCGUCUACAAUCACCGAUGUCAGCAUACCACCCGGUUCGUCUACAAUCCGCGAUGUCAGAAGAUCACCCGGUCCGUCUACAAUCACCGAUGUCAGCAUACCACCCGGUCAGACUACAAUCAGCGAUGUCAGCAUACCGCCCGGUCCGUCUACAAUUAGCGAUAUCAGCAUACCACCCGGUCCGUCUACAAUCAGCGAUGUCAGCACACCGCCCGGUCAGACUUCAAUCAGCGAUGUCAGCAUACCGCCCGGUCAGACUUCAAUCAGCGAUGUCAGCAUACCGCCCGGUCAGACUACAAUCAGCGAUGUCAGCAUACCACUCGGUCCGUCUGCAAUCAGCGAUAUCAGCAUACCACCCUUUCAAAACUAUCUGGCAGAAGAAAUGGAGGCUUUUCGGUCAUUGCCACUUCGGUACUUAUUGGAGAAAGUCGUUCUUCAACUGGGACGGGCAUUGGAAGAGGGCGAAAUUGGAAUUGUUCUACGUUGGCAGUUAAAUUGGAAUUGUCGUGUUAACUUCCUCGAACUUGUGCAGUAUCUUCAACUAGAACACGCGAGAAAAAACGCUGAACAAGCAGCACAAGCAGAAGAGCUUCAAAAAUCCAGUGGGAAAUCCCUGAAAGAAAGAAGUGAUGAACCCGGAACGUCUGCUGUUGCUGCUGCAAUGUCUGAAGUCGAGCGUCUGAACAAUGGUAUCGAGGAGCAAUCAGCACGCCAUACUAUCGCGCAGGAGAGAGCUGAAUCUGAACGUCAGGAAAGGCAAAAUAUCGAACAUGCCCGUCGAGCCGCCGAAGCACAUGAUCGUCAUGCCCGGGAAGCUGCUCAUCGGCUCUCCGAAGCAGAAGCAGCUGAGCGUCAAACAUCCGAAGAAGCUGCGCGUCGAGCAGCAGAAGAAAGCGAUCGUCUUGUAAAAGAAGAAGAAACGGAACAUGAACAUAGCGCCAAAGAGAAAACCACGCGCACCGUGGACGAAGCAGUUGCUGAACAUCUUGCGAGGUCGAUGCAAGUAGCGGCACAGCAGCAACAAUCUCAAGGUGCUCUUGCUCAACACAAUGCUCGACAUGUCCCGGUUUCAGUCAUUGUUCCUCCUACUUAUGUUGCUAACGCCGUUUCACAUGCUUCAACGGCUCAAGAAGUACAACUACCUUUCUUUGGAUUGGAUCCCAAGCUGUUGCAAGACUGGAUUGAGCAACAACGCAAAAUCAAUGAGAAAGAAGAAUAUGAAAGAGAACAGAAGAAAAUCCUGGAGGAAAUUCAGAGGAAGUUGUUGCUCGAAUCGCUCCUACGUCCACAUAUGCCUUCAUCAUCUCGACCCGCGACUGCUGCUCCACCCGGUUUGGCUACCAUGGGAAGAGCUGAACGCCCAACAAGACAUCAGGAUUUUAUCAAUCAGUAUGCUGCCUCUCCAAUUGUUCAAGUGGACAAUACACCACGAAUGAAUUCACCACGCAUGGACCCACCCGUCAUGAAUCAUUUUGCCGCCAACUUGCACAAUCAGCACUUGAUGGCUUCUCCGUCCCCGCAAAACUUCCAGAAUUCGGGACCAUCCGGUUCAAUGAACAACUUCACGAUGGGAAUGGGAUUGGCCAGACCUUUGACUGCAGCUCCACCACCAUUUGUCAAGCCGAAACGGUCGUACAAACGCAAGAACCAGCAAGAUGGUAACGAACAGAAAACUCAGCCAAAGGAAAAGAAGCCAAGAAGUUCGAAGAAGAAGAAUGGGGCAGACGCUCAAGUGUUUGCUGCACCUGCUCCGCCUCGAACACCGUCUCAAAUUCAACCAUCUUCAUUCGCAAUGCACCUACUCAAUCAAAGGCAGGUUCCUCCACUGAACGCUCUUGAGGAAUUUUCUCGGACUUUCCCGAAUUAUCGCAACUUCAUGGACACGCAGGCAGCUCCCACUCCACAAGUUGUGCCAAUUCUGCAAAAUGUCCAAGCUUAUCAAUUCAACCCGUUGAUGGCUGCUCUGAUUGCAUCACAAACUAUGCAAUUCAACAACACAAUACCCGUGAGUUUAGAAUUUCACAAUAGCGGAAUUAAUGUGGGUAACAGUCAAGCAACUGAAUUCAGUCUCAUUCAGUUUCAUUUAACCAUUUCUGAUCAAACUUACCAUUUUUUUCAGCUCGUGCCUCAAGUUGCCCAUCUUCACCGUCCAACUCCAGUUGCAACACCCGUCCCCGCCUAUACGCCGGUUCCAGUCGUUAACAACGCCUUCACCGCACCGAUGCCGCCGUUGCAAGUUCCCAUUAUACCGGCUGCGCCGCAACUGCAACUGACGGAUGCUCAGACUAUUCAGUAUAUUUUAAAUACAAUGACUUUGUAUCAAAAUUUUCAAACCGGUAAUCAAUAAUUGUUCAUCUUUUUAAAAUCUUUUUCCCCCGACGCCCAUACAACUCGAACCCGUUGACAAACUAAACUUUCUAGUCGGUGUUUGUUCCUUUGCCAUUCAUUUUCUCCCCCGUUGCACACACUUUCCCCCAUAUUUUUCUCCAUUUUUCUGGGUUUCGAUCUCACCUAUCAAAUUAUUAAUUGUAUAAUCAGAAGUCUCAAUAAAGUUUUGUGCAUUGAAAUAAAACUAGAACCAAGAUCUGUGCCUGACACAUAGAAUUAAUGUUCUUUGUAUUCUGAUAAUAAAUCUGAGAAAGCUUUUUUGUUAAUUUUCAGGUGUCGAAGUUUGUCUAGAAUACAAAAUCAGCUCGGUCUGAGUGUCAGAAACAUUACAUCCCUCGCUGUCCCUUCAAAUCGUAAAUGUUAUUUUCUCAACAGGUCGUUUUUCUUACACAGUCAGUGAACGUACUUUCUCACACUCCGUCUAACAAGUGCACGUUAAGAUGAACGAGUCUUCUCAAGGCGCAUAUCCAACGUCACUUCGAGCAGUGGACUCUGGCGAGUAGUGAAGGCAGGCAGAGAAAAACAAUUUCCACUAUAGUAUUAGGAUCAAAAGAAUAGUUUGACACUUCGUUUUGACCAAUAAACACAAAAAGAAUGGGCGACAUUAAAAAAAAGAGUUGAUGAAAUGUGGACAUGUCACAGUAGUUUGAGAGAAAGAGUUGACUCUCUGGUCCCACCUAAUCCCCCGUUUCCUUAUAAAUAACUAUGAAACAACUAGAUUUGUCAUUAUUUUCCGUGUUCUACCUACUUUUCUAUCAUUCUUCUUUAAUUUUACUUGAACUAUGACAAAAAUCGAUUGCCUUUCUACUCCUUUUUAACUAAUUUUUUUUCAGUAAGCUUUCAGUUUUAUUCUGUGGACGUGUGACCAAGCAAAACGCUGAAAAUAUGAACAAUCUGGAAGGAAAAAGAAAUGUAAGUGAAUUGGAAAAUCUUAAAUUGUUGGAAAGUGUUCAUCUCGUUUCUUAUAUUAAUCCCGCGAACUUACCAAAUUUCAGAUCGGAUGUUACGAGUGUAAAACGCCGACUUCUUCUAAAAUCUCAAAGAAACUGACAAGGUGAGCAACGAUGUUCAGGCUUUAUCAAAAUAAAAUCUGCAGACAAAACGGAACGAGCAAUCUGCGUACUCCGGAGCUCCUCGUGUCGCCUGUGACAGUUUCUCCGAGCGAUGCUGCUUUGAAAUUGUCUCAUGCGCCAAGAAAAAGCGUGGAGAGUGGGUACAGCUCUGAUCACGCUGCCAAUCAAAGCCCACUUCCGUCUCAAAUAACUACAACUCUGUUGAUCACCAAGAAAAGUAGCUCAACUUCGAUGCUCGAAAAGAAAACAAAUUUGAAAACUCCUCAUUUGGAAAUUGAUUAUCAUCUUGAAACCAUCGGAGCGGUUUGCUCGACUAUUUAUCGAAGAAUCACCACCGAAACACUUGUAGCUGUCAUGACAAAGAUGUCGGAAUGGGAAUUUACUGAAAAGUACGUUCUGAUUGAUUGUCGGUACACUUUUGAGUACGCCGGAGGACAUGUAAAGGUAAAUCACUCUUAUAUUUUUGCUUCUGCCCACUCCAAUGCGUUUUUCAGCACGCUGUUAAUUUUUACGAUUCGGACAAGGCCAAAUCCUUCUUUUUUGACAGUGAGGGUAAGCGGAAGUUCCAUCAAGUACCAAUUUUCUACUGUGAAUACAGUCAGAAAAGAGGUCCGACCAUGGCUUCUGCGCUCAGAGCUGCUGAUCGUGGGCUUAAUGAGAAUAUUUAUCCGCGAUGCGCUUAUGAGGAAAUGUAUGUAUUGGAUGGUGGAUUCAAAAAAUUUUUCAAUUUCACAAGAGACUCGACGUCUACGGUUAAUCAAAAUGUAUCUACGUGCAUCAGUUCACAUCCUCGUUUUAGGUUCUAUGCGAGCCCGAUAAUUAUGUUCAAAUGCUUGAUCCACGCUACUCGGAAGAACUGAAAACGUUCCAAUUCCACAAGAAAAUGUCCCAAAAACUGCUCGUGAGAACUUCUAGGUAGGAAAAGUGAAUUCACAAAAAUGUAUUCCGUAGCAGAACAGUUUUCAGGUCAGCAAGUUCCAUCACGCUUGAAAAGUCUACUGCUGCUACCCCAGUCUCCACCUUGCAAAGGUCUUCUAGCAGUGUGACUUCAAUUUUGGAGAGAAAACGUUUGUGA